AUGCGGUUACCCAUAUUCGUGUUACUUUCCCUCUUUCCAAUAUUUGGAUGGACCCGUAAAAUCCCGGAUAUCAACUGGAUAUCAUCGAAUCCAAUAUUCGAUGUAUCCAACACUGAUCAUGUGAUAUCUGUACAUAUCGGAGACCGAGUAUCUAUCAAAUGUCCGAAAUCAGAUGAAAAUGGAAAAUAUGAAUACUCAUACAUCUAUAUGGUUUCUGAUGAAGAGUACGAUCAUUGCUUUUUGUCGAAACCAAGGCUUGUAGGAGCGUGUGAUAAUCAGACUAUCAAUGCCUCUAUCAACAUUGUAUUCCGAUCAUUUACGCCUACACCUGGUGGAUUCGAAUUUCAACCGGGAAAGAAUUAUUUCUUGAUUAGUACAUCCGAUGGAACACAGGAGGGAAUUGAUAGGAAAAAAGAUGGAUUGUGUACCACGAAACAAAUGAAAAUUAAAUUCGAAGUGGAACAAGACCGACGAGGAAUCGAAAAUCCGAAAUUCGCAGCGAGAACUUUGAAAAAGGAUCGAGAUGCAGAGCAUUCAACACAAGUCAUGUAUGUUGUACACGAUGGAGAGGAUAUUGAUGAUGACGACGACGGCUCCAACGCAUGCUCCUACCUCGUCUCGAUUAUCAUCCUCCUCGCUUCUCGAUAUCUUCUAUAG